AUGGGAGAAAAACCUCUUUCUAUUCGUUUCCCAAGAUUGUUUCAUCUCAGCGAGAAUAAGGAGGCGCUUGUGAGUGAGCUGGGUAAUUGGGAGAACGGGAGGUGGGUGUGGGAUUUGAGGUGGAGACGAGAUCUUUUUGAGAGGGAGAAGGAGGCUGUUAAUUCCCUACUUUCUUGUAUUUCUGGUUGUGUUUUUCAUGCAGGUGAAGUUGAUGGAUGGAUUUGGAAGAAGACCAAGGAAGGCAAAUACACAACAAAAUCCGCCUACUUGGUUAUUCAAGCAACAAGAAAGGAAAACUCGACACCAAACGUGUCUUUGAAAACAGCGGCGAAGGUCUGGGACAUCCAAGCCGUACAAAAAGCUAGAGUGACAGUUUGGCGAGCUUUCAGAAAUAGACUACCGACGUGUGAAAAUCUGAGGAAAAGAAGUAUCGGAAUUGACGAGAUGGAGAUGUUUUGCAACGCAUGUUUUGAACCAGUGGAGUCUACUGACCAUUCUCUUAUUUGUUGUCCGAAGGCCUUGGCGAUUUGGGAUGGUUUGCUGAAGUGGAUCGGUGUUCAGAUGGCUCAUCCGCAAGGUUUGCAUGAACAUUUUUCCAUUUUCUGUCAGAUGGCUAAAGAUAAGAAGAGCAGGAAGUUUUUGAAGUCUCUUUGGGUAUGUACUAUCUGGAUUCUGUGGAGAAAAAAGAAUGAACGUAGGUUUGAAGGUACUGGGUGGGAUGACUUUGGCACAAUUAUGGAAAUCAUUUCUAGUAUGUGGAGCUGGAACAAAAUUUUUAACUUUUGUGUUUGGGAGAAUAACUUCUCCUCUUGGUGUUCCUUGGGCCCUAUGGCUUCUCUCUGUAUUUGA